UCGACCAUGGGUAAUUUUCUCGCAAGCUGUGCCGUUAGCUUAGCUGCCUUAGCAUACUUUUUCCACGUUUUGUCGGUAGCCAUGGCGUCUGAAGUUGAGAAGGCUCAGCGUGCUUCGAAUACCGGCGACACUAUAUUUGGAAAAAUUAUCCGAGGUGAAAUCCCAACUAAAUUUAUAUACGAAGAUGAACAGUGUGUUGCAUUCAAUGACAUCAAUCCUCAAGCCCCUGUGCACUUCCUUGUCAUUCCUAAGAAGGCCAUUUCUCAGCUGUCAACAGCAGCCGAAGCUGACAAGCCUCUCCUGGGUCACCUGAUGUAUGUUGCCCAGAAGGUGGCCAAGGAAGUGGGGCUGAAGAAGGGCUUCCGCGUUGUGGUCAACGAUGGUCCUGACGGCUGCCAGUCCGUCUACCACGUCCAUCUCCACGUGCUUGGGGGCAGGCAGCUGGGCUGGCCACCCGGCUAAGUCCCGUGCAGUGCUCUUGCACUUCCACUUGCUUGGCGGCGGCUUUGAGAGCCAGGUCAAUUCUGAGGUUCAUUUAGUGUGUGAACCUUGAAUUGGAAUGUAACCAAGAAUGAAGAAUAAAUAUUUUAUUCUUUUUUUUUUUUCACUAA